CACCCAGACAGCACAGACCGCCAGCAACGGCCGAAUGGCUUCGAUCCCAUUACCCAUGUCGGCAGCAAGGCCGGCGACAUCCCGACACUCCAGUACCUCACGGCAGACGUCAACAGAGAUCACAGCCGGAGGCACCUCGACGCCGGCGAAAGGACUGGCCAACAGCUCCGGACUCAAUGAGCAGGAUGUUCCUACUUACCCUGUGUUCAGGUCACCCAAAUCCCUCGAGGAGGACCUCCAUUCCAGCCCUUCCGCCAGCCGCGUCUCCACCCGACUGGUGACUGCCUCACGAUCCGCAGACGGUGACAGUCCCUGAAGACAAGCCCACACUCGAGAGUACGCAGGCGUCGCAGUCUGACUGGCAGCACUCGUUGUACCCUCACAACUGUCUCCUACCAACCCAUUCGAGGAAGAGAUUUGACGCGAGUGUUCGGUUGGGAGCCGCGGAUGUUUGGAACGGCGCACGAAAAGGGCGUACAAGACGAUGCGAAUAACCUGAGUUGGUGAGGUGCGAGAUCAGCAUUGCGCCAUGCCACUGGGGUUGGCUGGCGCAAGGAAAUGAUCAGGUGUGAGAACGCGGUAGCAUGUAAAAGAAGAUGCUGGGCCAGGCCUUUGUGUCGCUGGCGGCCCUCGAGCCACUGCUGCAG